CAUUAACUUUCGGGGUGGCACCAACUAUUUCGGCACAGCGACUUGUUUUGCUCCGCUAUAAACAAAGGGGAAACGGGAAACACCGAGAAAAGAAGUACAAAUACGUCUUAGGGGACCAUUUAAGGUUAAGUGGUGUAUAGCGAAAGGAGAUUUGUUUUUUAAAAUAAUGGCACUGUUUGUCAGGCUCCCCUCCGCGUAGGCUGUUGCCAUGUUCCCAGUUUCUAUAUGGGUGUGGUGAUUAGAUAGCAGGGCGAAGAUUGACUCAAAUCCUGCCUGAGUCAAUGUUGACUGGCCCUUUAAAUCUACAAAGAUUUCUUUAAUUGAAAUAUUUUACGUUCUGACUUAUUAUAGGGGCCAUGUGUGCAGUCUGACAGGGGACACUUACGGGUAGGCUGGAAGACUGCGGACCGCCCAGAAACUCUACUUCAGGAAUCUUCACUGGCUUUCGUUUUGAAAGGUGCCUGUCAACCUUGCAUGAGUCAGUCGGUUUUGCUGGCCGGACUGAACCAUGAGUGAACUGGAGCAGCUGCGACAAGAGGCAGAGCAGCUGAGGAAUCAGAUCAAGCAUGCCAGGAAAGCGUGUAGCGAUUCCACUCUUGCACAGAUCACGGCUGGUCUGGAUUCAGUGGGUAGAAUACAGAUGAGGACAAGACGUACACUGAGAGGACACCUAGCAAAAAUCUACGCCAUGCACUGGGGAGCUGACUCCAGGUUACUGGUCAGUGCUUCCCAAGAUGGAAAACUGAUCAUAUGGGACAGCUACACAACAAACAAGACACACGCCAUCCCCCUGAGGUCGUCCUGGGUGAUGACCUGCGCCUACGCCCCUUCUGGCAGCUACGUGGCGUGUGGCGGAUUAGACAACAUCUGCUCCAUUUACAGCCUGAAGACGCGGGAGGGCAACGUGCGGGUGACCCGAGAGCUGCCCGGGCACACGGGUGAGGGGUGUAUGGUGUUGCCGUGUCUCUGUGUGCAGUUCUUCCCAAACGGACACGCCUUCGCCACGGGCUCUGACGACGCCACCUGCAGGCUGUUCGACCUGCGCGCGGACCAGGAGCUCAUGAUGUACUCCCACGACAACAUCAUCUGCGGCAUCACCUCCGUGGCCUUCUCCAAGAGCGGGCGCCUCCUGCUGGCCGGAUACGACGACUUCAACUGCAACGUGUGGGACAGCCUGAAGGGGGAGCGAGCAGGUGUCCUGGCAGGCCACGAUAACCGGGUCAGCUGUUUAGGCGUGACACACGAUGGCAUGGCCGUCGCCACCGGAUCUUGGGACAGUUUCCUCCGGAUCUGGAACUAACAGAGAGGAGGAUUUUGGCCUGAGGGUGGAGUGUGGCACCUCCAGCCAAGAGGGAGAUCUUACAGCUGGGACAGGAUCGCGUCCUUUCUGCCAUCGGAGUGAAGUCAUCCCCCCCCCCCCUUUCCAUCUCUCCACUUGACUACAGAGAGCUUUCGAUGACUAGUUAAGUUAAACUAUGAGAUCAUAUGUGAAUCCUGGUGACCCUGACCAGGCUUUGCUUGUUAUCAUGGUCUUUGAGAAGCUAGGAGCAUUAUUUAUUAAUAGUACGUUAUAUGAUUUUCAUAAACGUGUCUGUUUAUGAACAUCAUGUACUGUAUUAUACAUGCAUUUCCACUGGGUAUUUGUCAGUUCGCUGUUCAGUAGGUUCUGCUCUCCACAAUGUUCCCAAACUUGGAUUUAGGACACAGUCCCGACGUGCCAAUCACGCCAUUCCUACGUUUUGUGUAUUCAUGAAUCUAUGAGCGUGCAUGUGAAUCCUUAUCGGGGUAUACUGGUGUGCGUCUUUUGCUAAUAUUCUGUUAUUACAUACAACCCAACGACUUUUUUUGAUGGACUAAUCGGCCUACUGGUAUACUUUAUUACAACACGUUUGAACUGUUUUACAGAACAAUUCCAUAAAUGUUUUUUUUUUUUUUCUUUUGUUUUUAAGUGGUUACAAAGAAACAAGGGUAGGUGGUGUUCUGAUGAAGUUUGCAAACGGUUAACUAACAAAAUAAAGCUGGAUUCAGACCCUGAGCUCCAGCAUGAUGGAGUCACUGAUUUAGCAGAAUCUUCAUCUUCACCUUGGAAGCCUUCUAAGGUGACGUGGAGACACUUGGGGAGGGGGACAGGACUGUGAUGCUCCGUACCAUGUGACUUCCGCCUUGAGGGAAGCCUGUUUCCGGGGGCGGUAGGCAGGACACUGUCCAGGGUGAAGUCCAUAAAUGCAGGAGAGAUGCUGGUUCCCAUUCUUAGAGGCCUAAUCAGUCUGACCCCAUGCUCUGGUCCCAGUAAUGUGUAGGGAAGGAAAACCUACUUCAGCAAAUUGGCUUACGUUAACUGGUUUAAUUUAACAUGGUCUCCACAUACAAAAGUUGAUGGAAGAGCAGUUUAGUCAUCAUGGUCUUACAGCGUUCAGGAAAAAGUCAAAUUUUUUUACAGGGACUGUAGCUCCUCUGACUGUCUGUUUUGGGCCAGUCUUUGUUCCUUCAUUCUCACGGACGUGGAACUUGUCGCCGGGACAGGAUGUUUCAGAGGAACGGGGCUUGGAGCCUGUGUGGUGCGUGUUGCUCUGGCUGGGCCUCACCUGCGGAGGCUGCUUAUGUGUCCAGAUGGGAUCCCAUGAGGAAACGGGGCCUUUCGGACCCAGACGGCAGCGGCCGCUCGCAGGGACCGGCGGCCUGUGUUCACUGGCUGGACUGUCUUUGCCUUGACUUUAACAGACCAGUCGCGUUAUACACCCGCAUGUUUUUUUAUGCAUAGGAUUUCAUUGUGAUGUAUUCAUAUCUGAACGUGUAAGCGGCUCCCAGCUCAGGCUGUGUCUGAGAGCUGUCCUCUCUCUCCAUCCUCACAUGGCCAUACGCUUGUGUAGUGCAUUUGUGUGACUGUCAGCCCCGAUGGAAGACGGUUGGGUCACGCUGCUCCUGACUGCUAUUUUGCCCACAAACGUGCCCGCUUGGCUGAGUGCCUUGGAAGUGGACUGUCGGCCUUAAAUGGCGUGAAGAGUCAGCCAACCUGCACUCUGAUUUAACGGCGUUGGUCAUCAACCAUGUGCCAACAAAACAAUGUGUUAAAAUGUCUUUUCUUAUACAGAAUGGGUUGUGAAGCAGGAAUUUAAACUCUGUCCCUUAAAUGAUUGUAUUACAGUGAAGAAGUCGAUCACCAUCUCCAGUUAUUGCCAUUCAUGCUGUUCUUUUCCGUGGAUUUAACCUCUGUUCACUGAUGACGUGAUACAGUGUCACAGAGACUCUGAACACCACUGUGGUAUGAGAUACUAUGCGGAGUGUAAGCACCUGUUUUACUUUUUGAGACACUUUUUGCACCAUACUUUACCACACAAACUGAACUGGACUGGAGAUCGAAUUAAGGACUUUCUCUGCAUGUACAGGUGCCAAUACAAGUCAGUCAUUGUGCAGGUGAGCUAAGCACCGAUUGGUUGGGCCAGUGCAGCUGUCACUGCUGGUUGGUCAAUAGUAUUUGCAGCUUAGACUGAUUUAAACAUACCUUCACAUGGCACAAUGCUGACAUCCUCCACUAGAUGUUCAUGGUCAAUCAGCGAAUGAUGCUACUACGUAGUAAGGUAUUACACUGGUAAAGUUGACACGCUGUGCCUGUGUAUGUCAUGUUACCAAAGAUGCAGAUAAAUGGAUUUUUUUUAAUUUUAUUUUAGUGAAAUUGUUUUCUUCUGGAAGAUGGGAAUAGUCCUGAAUGGAGAUCCUCUAGUUCGUUAUAAUGGACAGGCCACAGAAGUAUUGUUUUGGAUACAAAGUGAUGGUAUUUAAUGUGAAAUCGUCAGUGUAAGGAUGUCUGCAGUAUGCAGAUCAUUCGCAAAGAGCUGGGAUGAAAUAUAAUGAUCCUGUUCCAUGUGUUGUUUUUUUUUUGUCACAUUGCCUGAAACUGCUUCCUGAAGAAGCUUUGGAAGCCUCACACACUACUGUUUAAACAUUUAACUUGAAACUGAACAUGGAGACAUUUUUAACGAUCAAUAGGACAGCGGGGAGCGAGUCUCUCUUCCCGUCCCGGACUCUGGGCAUCCCAGCUCUGCUUCCUGUGAUUAGUGCUAUUCAUUGUUGCCAUGAUAUCAACACUGAUUUAGUUAUAUAACGCACUGCCAUUCGGCUCCAUUGUGUAUCCAGCAGUGUCUAUUUAUUUUGUUGAGCCAGGCAGGACCAGGGACCAUGUGGGCCGUGAGUUUCUAACAGUGCUAUUGUGUGAAAUUAAUCACUUACUAUGAAAUAACUUUUAUAGUCUUUUUCACGCCAGAUUUUUUUUUUGUAUUUGUACAGUGGUUCGAUAUACUGAUGUUGCCAUUACUUGACAUUGUAACCAAUAAAAUCUUUUAACCAAGA